GUUGUUGACCUGUUGUUGACAAUUUAAAAAUUCGAUUCGUCAAAAUAUUAAGUGAAGAAUAACACGUGCUUUUUAUAGUGAACACAACCAAAUAAGUAAACCAUUGUAAACUAAUACAAUUCCAUAGUCUCACACGCCCACAAAAGAUUCGUUAUACUUAAUCGAAGCAGAAGUAUUGAAAAUGCGGUGUUGUGUGCCUUUCUGCAAAAAUUCUUCAGACCAUUUUGUGCCCACAACACACGGAGAGGCGAUUAGUUUUCAUGGUUUCCCCAGUGAAGUGCAUCUCCGUGCCGCCUGGCUCAGAGCCCUCGGCAAACAAGGUGGUCGCCUACCAGACUCUGCUGUGGUCUGCUCACAGCAUUUUCUAAAUGACGAUAUUUUUGAAACUGAAAGUGGUGUUAGGCAAAUUAGGACUGGUGCUAUUCCUUCAACAGUGCAGGUUUGCAUGAUAUGCCUAGACACUGACAGCAAGCUGUAUCUAAUGAGUAAACAAAAAUUGGAAAAAACAUAUGAAAAGUUAACUGGAUAUCCUUUGCAUGAUCUUGGAAAUCUACAUCAAACAGUUUGCAUACAAUGUGCUCAGAGAUUGAUAAACUUUAGUAAAUUCAGAGACAAGAGCUUGAGAGCCCGUGCACUGAUGAUGGAUUUAAUUGGAAAACAUGAAUUAAUAACAAAACAGCAUAUAAAAAUGAUAAACCGCACAAAACACCAACUCAAGAGUAAUAUGGUGUUGAAAACCCUAGGACCUGACCACUGUGACUUACACAUACAAGAACACCCCUCGGGAGACAAACAGACAGAAUCAGAGGAAACUGGUUAUAGAGUUGUUGUGAAAACUGAAAAUAGUGAUGACUCUAUGUCAAUUGAUGAAGACAUGGAAGUAAAGAAUGAAUUUGAUUGCAAUAUACAUGAUUUUCUUCAGGUUACGUUAGAGUAUGAAGGUACUUUCUUCCAAUGUACAUUUUGUUUGGAGGAAUUUGUCCAUGAACAUGCAUACAUGCAACAUUUGAGCAUGCAUCUCCAGAACGGUGAUGGUGAUGGUGAAUGUGACACGUCACAAGAAUGCAGGCCUCAUACAGCUGUGAGCUUUUCACACUCUUCACUCAUCACUGAGAACAAGCAGGCAGACCCCAGCCCUUGCGCACGCGCCGCGACGACCUUAGCCGAUCCUCUCCCCGCGAGUCUUGCGAGUAACGAGAUAAAAGAGCCAUCAACUGAAGAAGCCGUUAUGGACGAUAGUUGCCGACACAAAAGACUAACAGAAUGUUUUGUAAAACUAUACGAUAUUUUCUCUAAGAAAGUUGUCCCAAGACGAGACAGAUCACUGACGAAAACACAAAAAGCUGUUAGAUCUUGUGUGAGUCAGAACAUUGCCUCUAAAGAUAUCAGUUAUCAGGCGACAAGUCAGAGUGGAGUCCUUACAACAGAACACUUUGAACCAGUCACCAACAAAGAAAAGGUUUCUGUAUCAAAAACUAUGUACAUUUGUGACUUUUGUCAAAAAACGUUUGAACAAAGAAGACUCCUAGUAACACACAUUCGUGGUCACAUGUUAGUAAACAGAUUUUUUUGCAAGUUAUGUAAGUACAAAUCUAAAUAUAAAAAAGAUUUAGUAAGGCACAUGAGAACUCACACUAGUGAAAAACCAUAUUGUUGCAAGUUGUGCGAGUAUAAAUGUACAAGAAAUAGUGAUUUAGUGAGGCACAUGAGAACUCACACUGGUGAUAAACCAUAUUGUUGCAAGUUGUGCAAGUAUAAAUGUACAGCAAAUAGUGAUUUAGUGAGGCACAUGAGAACUCACACUGGUGAAAAACCAUAUUGUUGCAAGUUGUGCAAGCAUAAAUCUACACGAAAUAAUGAUUUAGUGAGGCACAUGAGAACUCACACUGGUGAAAAACCAUAUUGUUGCAAAUUGUGCAAGUAUAAAUGUGCAGCAAAUAGUGCUUUAGUGAGGCACAUGAGAACUCACACUGGUGAUAAACCAUAUUGUUGCAAGUUGUGCAAGUAUAAAUGUGCAGCAAAUAGUGAUUUAGUGAGGCACAUGAGAACUCACACUAGUGAAAAUCAAUAUUAUUGCAAGUUGUGCAAUUAUAAAUGUACACAAAAUUGUUAUUUAGUGAGGCACAUGAGAACUCACACUGGUGAUAAACCAUAUUGUUGCAAGUUGUGCAAGUAUAAAUGUACACGAAAUAGUAAUUUAAUGAGGCACAUGAGAACUCACACCGGUGAAAAACCAUAUUAUUGCAAGUUGUGCAAGUAUAAAUGUGCAGCAAAUAGUGCUUUAGUGAGGCACAUGAGAACUCACACUGGUGAAAACCCAUAUGCUUGCAAGUUGUGCAAGUAUAAAUGUAAGCAAAAUAGUCACUUAGUGAGGCACAUGAGAACUCACUAAAGCCAUUAUAUACGCCUAUCGCGUGGUCGGAGUAUCUGUACACGCGCGUCUAACUACACCACACUCUGACUCGACUCAUUAAAAACACAUUCCUAAUCGUAUAUGGUUUUUUGGAGCAACCUGUAUAGUAUCUGAAAUGAAGAGAUCCGCAGGAGAACCAAGGUCACUGAUAUAA